AGUAGAAUUCCCCCACCCCUAGCAUGCCGUUCAAUUUUCUUCAUCAAGCAGUUGUUUUCAUAGUCCCAUUAUCACCGUAUCGUAUCCUGACCUUCACGAAAGAGCAACAUAAUAAAUUCGUAAGUUUGCAACCUCUUGUUUCGUCCCUCAUCGUUUAUGUAGAUAAAUCUAAAUUUCGUUCCAGGUCGCAAAGCGCAGGAGCGAGCAGUAGCAAACAUUAUGGGGAGCAAAUACGGUAUCCAACGAAAAAACUGUUUCACUGUGAGCAUUUUGCAAGAACCGCAUCACAAGUUUGUUACACAUGACACAGAAAAUUUGCCAUGCACGUUUCCCAAGGGAAAACACGCUUGAAAAUCCAAUGUCUUGCUGGUGUAGCAAGACAAAUAGUUCUGCGUUCCAUUUUCUGCAUCACAAGUUCACAGUGAAACAGUUUUUUCGUACGAUAUACGGUGGAAUUCUCUCGGUCGGGAUGACCCUGUCCCAAGCGAAGAAUCGGAAGUCAAAUCUGAAUUCCGAUAUCAAAUGUAAAAAUGUCUGGGUCUGGAAGAUUUCCAGGUUUGUCAUGCACAUUUUGCAUGACUUCUGAUAUCUGUGACGCAUGCCCUAGCAUCACAGAUUUUGUGAGGGCUUCCUGAUGCCUAUACCGAAUGACAAAUGCUCUUUCCGUGUAGCAAAACUUGGACUCUCUUUGCUGCCCAUGCAAUACAGAUUUUUUUAGAAUUUAAAAUCAGCAUGACAAGUUGCAUUCUUCCAUACCCAGACAUUUUUACAAUCCAUAUCCGAGUAUGCUGUGUAACUCAUUCGAUUUGAUGUCACCUGCAGAUCUUGCUUCUGCUUGAUUGUUGCCACCUCAACUUAUUGAUGUUUUCUUGCAUGGAUCAUGUUCAUGGUUGUGUGCAUGGCAUCAAAUAGUGUAGUUGUAGUUCUUCUACCGUCCGCGUUUGAUGUGUUUGUGUAACUGUGAGACUACUCAAAUUGAGGACGGCAACGGUCUUGCUGGUGACGUUAAUCAAUUUUCCGUAGCAUACCAGAGCGCUUAUCCCAGAGAAAAAAGCUGGCAGGGCAUAUUUGUAAUGCAAAAAUAAAUAGACAAAAAAUAAAAAUCUGCACUGCAUGCCCUAAACAGCAUGCUAUGGCCUCGCCCAUGACAGAUUUUUCUGUGUAUUUAUUUUUGCAUUACAAAUCUGACCUGCCAGCUUUUUUCUGUGGGAUAGCGCUGGCGAAAUACCGGAAGAAGAUCGCCGACAUCGAUAUCACAAAGAAAAGUGUUAUACGUUAACGGUUUUGACAGAUUUUUGCAGUCAUGCAUCACAAAUGUAGCCCAUUAUGCAUGCUGUGCAUUACAAAUUUUAGCAUGUUUUGUGAUGCACCAUUGCUGCAUCACAAGUUCCGUUAACGUUAACGCUUUUUGCUGUGAUAAUCGAGUUCAAAAGGUCGGACUCUGCACCACCUGCAGGACCGGUCAAGACUUUCUUCCGGCGCCUGCGCUACCGUUCCUGGUCCUUCAGGUUGGGGUGAGCAGCGGCCAGAUCAUGAUGACCGAGUAAUAGAAGAACACAGGCUUUAUGUUUUGGAAGUACAGCGGAACAAACUGGUGCUUGGUGACAACAUACAACGUGCCACACGACCGAGGCAGGUGGAGCGAGCAGGAAAAAAAAAUACGUACAAGUCGCAGGCCAGCAUGCACGGUGGAUAACUCGAGUUCGCAUAAAAAUAGUGUUUUCCAACGAAAAUUUGCAAAAAAAGCUAGAAGGCAGUGGUCCACGACACCUCCCCGCUGGAUCCCAGCACCACGUGGCCAUUCUACUUCCUUGAAUUUUUUCGAUUUUCGAUCAACGUUUAUUUCGAGUGAAGAUGUUGGGUCCUGACGUCUCGGUCUCUUGUAGUCCGUCGUGUGUAAAACAAACGUAGAAGUUGUUAGUCCAAGCAGUUUGUAAUGCUAAUAUUCCACGAAAGAACUGAUAUAGGCCCUUCCCUGUUUGUGAUGCUCGUCCUGCUUUCUUCGACGCAGUUGAUCUAACGACGAUGAAAGAAAAUAGACUUCUGUAGAAGUGCUAGUUUAUUUCACAUCGCAUAUUUUUU